CGAAGCUGGUGGCACCUGGGGCGACAGUGGAGUGGCAAGACACCAAUGUCACUCGCAAGGAGCCUCUGCGUGGAGACUGCGUCUACUCCGGAGAUAUCACUGAUGUUCCAGGGACUUCGGUCGCCAUCAGCAACUGCGAUGGGCUGGCCGGCAUGAUUCGGACAGACAAGGAUGAAUUCUUUAUUGAACCACUGGAGAGAAAUAAAGUAGAGGAGGAAGAAGAAAAUGGGAGAGUUCAUGUGGUGUAUCGGAGGUCAGCUACCAAAAAAACCACUUCCUGCAUCAAUCGGUGAUGUCUAUUUAAAAGCAGACCCUGAUCUGAGUGGACUGCAUGAUCUGGAAACCUUAUAUGAAGGCAUUGAGCAACGGGUGAACAGGACCAGGAGAGUGCGAAGACAUGAUAGAGACGAUGACUAUAAUAUAGAAGUUCUUCUUGGAGUUGAUGACACAGUGGUGCGAUUCCAUGAGAAGGACCAUGUGCAGAAGUAUCUCCUGACCCUAAUGAACAUAGUUAAUGAAAUUUACCACGAUGAGUCUCUAGGAGCUCAUGUCAAUGUUGUGUUGGUGCGAAUAAUCAUGCUGGGUUAUGGAAAGUCUGUUAGCCUGAUUGAAGUUGGAAAUCCCUCUCAAAGUCUGGAGAAUGUGUGCAGAUGGGCCCAUUCCCAGCAGAAGUCUGAUACAAGUCACGCAGAAUAUCAUGACCAUGCUAUCUUUCUAACAAGGCAAGAUUUUGGUCCAUCGGGAAUGCAAGGUUAUGCUCCAGUUACAGGUAUGUGCCAUCCAGUGCGAAGUUGCACCCUGAAUCAUGAGGAUGGCUUCUCAUCUGCAUUUGUAGUUGCUCACGAGACUGGACAUGUGUUGGGCAUGGAACAUGAUGGCCAAGGUAAUCAUUGUGGAGAUGAGAUCAAAAUGGGAAGUAUCAUGGCACCCUUGGUUCAAGCUGCAUUUCAUCGAUUCCAUUGGUCACGGUGUAGUCAACAGGAGCUGAGCCGAUAUCUACAUUCCUACAAUUGUCUUCGUGAUGAUCCAUUUGAACACGAUUGGCCAUUGCUUCCACAACUUCCUGGCAUUAACUACUCUAUGAAUGAACAAUGUCGCUUUGACUUUGGAGUGGGCUAUAUGAUGUGCACAGCAUUCCGCACCUUUGACCCCUGCAAGCAGCUGUGGUGUAGCCAUCCUGACAAUCCAUACUUUUGCAAAACUAAGAAAGGACCUCCUUUAGAUGGGACAAUGUGUGCUUUUGGCAAGCAUUGCUUUAAAGGUCACUGUAUUUGGCUAACUCCUGACAUACUACGGCAUGAUGGAAAUUGGGGGUCAUGGAGCAAGUUUGGCUCUUGCUCUCGAACCUGUGGAAUCGGCGUACGCUACCGGACCCGGCAGUGUGAUAACCCAUUACCUUCUAAUGGUGGCCGAGAGUGCUCAGGGCCAAGCUACGAGUAUCAACUUUGUAACACAGAAGACUGCCCAGAGCAUUUUGAAGAUUUCAGAGAACAGCAAUGCCAGCAACAGAAUAGCAACUUCGAAUAUAACAACAACAAGCAUGAAUGGUUGCCAUAUGAGGACCGUGACCCUGAACAGAGGUGCUUCCUCACCUGUGAAUCAAAAGAAACUCGGGAAAUUGUCUACAUGAAGAAAAUGGUACAUGAUGGAACACGUUGUUCCUACAGUAAUCGCUAUGACAUUUGUGUUCGAGGUGCUUGUGUGAAAGUGGGCUGUGAUAAAGUGCUGGGUUCCAAUAAACAGGAAGACAAGUGUGGAGUGUGUGGUGGAGAUAAUUCUCACUGCAAAGUAAUCAAGGGAACAUUCUCCAGAGCAGCGAAGAAACCAGGGUAUCUGAAGAUGUUUGAAAUUCCAGCUGGAGCAAGUCACCUGUCUAUUCAAGAGCUAAGUGCAUCUCCUCAUUUCAUUGUAAUCAAGAACCAAGCUACAGGACAUUUUAUUUUGAAUGGGGAGAAUGAUUUUCCUGAUUCAAAAACUUUCAUUGAAAUGGGAGUAAUUUGGGAGUAUUCCAAUGAUGAUGACAAGGAGUCUUUACAAACUGUUGGACCCCUCCGUGAUGGAAUAGUAGUGCUGAUGAUGCCUAGUGGAGAUACCAAAUCUUCCCUGACUUAUAAAUACACAAUUCAUGAGGACUACUUGGCCACUAUGACUAACGAAGUUUUACAAGAAGAUAUGGCUAUGUUUGAAUGGGCUUUGAAGAGGUGGUCCCAGUGCUCCAAACACUGUGGAGGAGGUUUUCAGUUUACGCGAUAUGGCUGUCGCAGGAAGGCUGAUUCCAAGAUGAUUCACCGAAGGUUUUGUGAUGCAAGUAAAAAACCAAAGCCAAUCCGCCGAAUGUGCAACUUGCACGAGUGCUCCCAGCCUGUAUGGAUUACAGGGCAAUGGGAGGAAUGUACCAGAACUUGUGGCAAAUCUGGGUAUCAAAUCCGUACUGUGCGGUGCAUUCAACCACUUCACGAUGGCACCAAUCGCUCAGUGCACAGCAAAUAUUGCAAUGGGGAUCGGCCUGAGACUAGAAAACCCUGUAAUCGAGAGCUUUGUCCUGCACAAUGGAGAAUAGGGGCUUGGUCACAGUGUUCAGUAACCUGUGGAAAUGGAACACAAGAGAGACUGGCCGUGUGCCGAACAAGGGACAAUAUGAUUGGACAGUGUGAAGAAGAAAAGCCAGAUACUAUACGCAUAUGUAGAAUGCCCCCAUGUCAUAAAAACUCCUCUCAGCAAACAUCACUUACUUCCUCCAAAGGAAAGUCCGUAAUCCAAUGGCUCUCACGUCCAGAUCCAGCAUAUCCUAUUCAGAAAAUUUCGACAAAAGCAAAUUGUCAUGGGGACAAGUCAAUUUUCUGCCGCAUGGAUGUACUUUCCCAGUAUUGUUCUAUUCCUGGCUACAACAAGCUUUGUUGCAAGUACUGCAAUUCACUGUCUCAACAGAUUACAAAUAAGACCAAUAAUACUGAUUCCCUGAAGCGUGCUAUACCAACCACAUUACCCGAGACCACAAGGAAGCCAAGGGUUGUUACCUCUCACAAAUUAAAUACAACACAGGACAGUUCUGAGAAAAAUGCAGUUGGGCAGAUGCACAAGGGAAAAAAUGGUAACAGUAAAAUACCGCGACACAAAGUUAUAAUUCCAAGACGGCCAAAUAUAGUCAGCAACCACAGACUCCAAUUUCUGCUUGACCAGAACAGAAAGAAAAUGCUGAACGAUUCCUCGGACAAAGAUGUUUCACCUGUAAAGGACAACAGUUUACCUCAUGUGGAGACUUGAGCAUGGAUCGUUUGCAAUGAAAAACAAAAGGAAAAUGUUAUAAAGUGGCUCAUGCACGAUAUGACCAAAAACUGGACUGGAAAUGAAUGGCAGACUGUAUCCAUCAACACAUUUAUAAUGCAAACACUUCUAAUUUUAGUAAUCUCUCUUGUAAAAUGUUCAGCAUGGAGCAUAUGCCCCACAGCUUUGCCAGGCUACAAACACAACUCAACACACAAAAUAAAUGCACAUCCCUGUGUGCCCCUUCCAUCCUCCCAACAACACAUACAAACCCCUUUAUAAUUACUUCCUUUAAAAAUAAAACAAAUUGGCUGAGGAUUCCCACUGCCGAUUUCCUCAUUGUAGCUCAGUGUUGCACUACAAAGUACUUAACAUAUUUACAACAAUUUUUGGAAAUUGUGGUAAAUUUCCUUGAAUAAUGGUGCUUAAGUUUGUCUUCAUACCUACAUAUUGUAUUAUUGGCAUAUAAGAUGGGUGAUCUUGGGUCUGUUGUACUUACCAGGAAUAUCUCCAAUUCUAGUUCAAAUUGUAACUAUGACAUUAUAUGGAGUAAAAAUCACUUGUAAUGUUGUAAACAUUGAGAGCAUAUGUGCAAAGGAUCCUUUUGGUGCUGAAUUUUUUUAAAUUCCUAAGUUUCAAAAUCUAUGGUGCUGAAAUUAUGUACAUUUCUCAAUCUGAACAAGUUGAAGAACAUGAAAAGUCUGUAAAAAAAAAAAUUCCAUAAUGUUUAUACUUGGAUGAUUUCACAUAAUAAUUUGCACUACUUUCUACAAAAUACUAAAUUUUUUUUGGUAUAAAAAGAUUAUUCCAAUAAGCUAUAAGGGACUAAAGAAAUUGCUGUAGCAAACUAUAGCACUUAACUGAAAGAUUGUAGCUGGAAGGCAAGUCUGCUGUGAUUAUUAUAAUUAGCAUGCUUUUGUACAAUUUAAAAACUUCACAUUUGAAAUUGCCCAGAAACAUCAUAUAGUUAAUUUGCAUUGUCAGCCAUUCCCCCAUUUGGCUUCACAGAGCUGAUAGUAUGCUAACCCUACCUCCUAUUCUAACCUUUUGAAAAGAAACUAAACUUCAGUAAUUAGAAAGUAUUUACACAAUUCAUUUCACAUCUUUUUUAAUCAAUGUGAACAUUUCUUAAUGGCUAUAGUCAAAGCAUCUCUUCUCAUCAAUUUAGGUACCUGGUUAGUCAUACCCUCCAUAAGUCUCAUUAGAUCUCUCCAGGUUAGUUGUAUCUUUGUGAUAUUUCCACCUCUUCUAAAUUCAGAGCAACUGGUUUCAGAACAAAGUGAUCAUUAUAAGGAAGCAGCAAUCGUAUAUUUGCGGAAGGCUUGUUCUUGUGUUAAAGGCUAUUAUUUGAAAAAUAAUUAUGUCACAUAGUAGACAAACAAGAAUUGUAACCAUCUGUAUUCUACAUUCAAUUAGCAUUCUUACAAAAACAAACGUCAUACCAGAGUAAAGAUGGUAAAUGCAGGUUAGUCAACAUCUGAAAAAACUAAGUUAAUGAUCCAAACUUCCCAGGAAUCUGAGAGCAUUGAGAAAUCAUGGGCAUAUUAUAAGGGAUUUUAUGAUACAUUUAUGAUGGGCCAGCGUCUUGAAAAAAUUUAGGUGUGUGUUUCUGGAUAAGACCCCACAUCAAAACACGAGACACACUUGAAAGAUAAACCCAUUUUCAUCUGAUAUAUACUGAUAGACUGGAAAAACAGAAAUUCCUCACAAUUUAUUUCCAGAAAUAGGUAGCAUCUAAAACUGAACCCAGUCACUCUUAAUUCACUCACUGAAAUCCAUUGGUCUAAUUAAGGGUUGCUUUCGGUUUCAUAAAAUGCUAUUUCUGUCUAGUUUAUGGAUUACAUACUUGAUAGUAUUUUCUUAACCCUCUUAUUCCCAACAGAAAACAGAUUUGACAAACUGAGUACGUCAUGUCAUUAAAAGUUAAAUAUUCUGCUGCGUACUCAAUGCAGACAUUGUACUUUAAAAUGUAAAAGAGAUUUGUAAGUUGUGCUUUAUUGUGCUUCAUUGCAAUGUUAAUUUUCUCAUUAACUACUGGGCUUUACACUGUAUGUAUGAAUAGCAUCACCUGCACCAAUUACACUUGCAAUUACUACAGCAGCUCCACUGAAGAGUCUCUUUUGUACAUUAUUUGU